GUGUCAGACACAAAAACAAUUCGUUUUAAAAUUCAUUUCAUAUUUAUAUAUAAUUUGACAACGAAAUCCUCUAAAUAUGUGUUUUUUUGGCUUCAUCACGCGUUUCCUGGUGAUCAUCUUUGGCGUCCUGGUACCGGCACGCUACACACACAAGGCGCUGGGCGUGGAAGAGUUGAAUGCCUGGGGCAAGUAUUGGGUUGUCUAUGCGUGGCUUGUGUGCAUGGAGGUAGCUGGAGACACGCUCUUCAAUUGGUUACCAUUGUAUGCGGAGACGAAGCUGCUGAUCGUGCUUUGGCUGGUCAUCUCCGCGCCCCAGGCCAGCGUCUGGGUCUUCGAUUCGAUUCUGAGUCCACUUUUGGUGCGCUACAUGACGCGGAUUGAUGAUAUUCUGCUGCACGGCAAGCGGCAUCUACUGCGCGAUGCCCUCAGCUACACAGUGCAACUGUGCUCUAGCAGUGUUGACACAAUAGUUCCCAAAAUCUCGUUAAUUUGGAAAAAGGCAAGUGAAACGCGAACCAGCGGUUCUACUGGAGUGGACACAGCCACCGAGGCCAGCAAUCCCCCCUUUCAAGAAGCAGAAACCGUUACCAAUUCUAAUACAAAUGUGUAUUAUGAUCCAAGCAUCGACGACGAAUCGCUUAAUGUGGCGAGCACUCCCUCCUCAUAUUCCAAUACUUUUCUGCCGGAGCAAAGGAAAAAGCUGUCGAAGCUUUCGCUGCCAGACCUGGCCAUGAAGACAAAUCGGCCAUCAAUCAGUCGGCCCAUAAUGAAGCAAUAUGUAUACGACAUGCCGGUCAAGGAUCUCAACAUAAGUGAGGAUCCACUAUCGGAUAUGGAGGAUCUGCUGAAAAGCGAGCGCGUCACCGCGGAGCUGCAUCAUCGUCCGAUAUCCAUGCUGAGAGAUCAUCGCCGUCACUAUCAAUAGGUUUCGAAACAUAGCACUAUCUCCGUUUUUCAAUAAAUUCACUGUUAAGCGACUGUAAACUUCUCUGUUAGGCAGUCAACUCAUAAAAGCCUGCCAAUACGUUAACAUGACGUCAUUUGCAGAGUCUCAAAACUCUAUUUGGACGCACGUAUAUCGAUUAAAUAAAUAA